AUGGUUGCGAUGGCAUCGACAUUCGACGUGACCGCUGCGCGGGCCGCCUUUCCUGCUCUCAAAAACGAACAGAUCUUUAUGGACAACGCCGGAGGCAGUCAAGUCCUCGGCACUGUCGCCGACUCUAUCCAUUCGUAUCUGCUGAAGAACAAUGUCCAACUUGGCGCGACCUACGAGACUUCGAAAUCCUCGACCGCCGCUUACGAUGAAGCAUACAAAGCCGCGGCAGGCUUUAUCAAUGCGCACCCGGACGAGAUUAGUAUUGGGGUCUCCACCACGCAACUGUUCCAAAAUUUAUCCACUGCUCUCAAGUUCCGACCCGGGGAUGAGCUGAUUAUCUCCAAGCUGAAUCACGAGGCGAACAGUGCGCCCUGGGUCCGCAUUGCGGAGCGUCUCGGGUUGACGGUGAAGUGGUGGGCUGCUUCAGACCCGAAGAACCCCCAGUGUGAUGUGAGCGAUUUACAGACCUUGUUGUCCGACAAGACUCGCUUGGUGGCAAUGCCGCAUGUAUCGAACAUCACCGGCACUAUCAGCCACGUGCGAAAGAUCGCGGAUGCUGUUCACGCAUAUUCAAGAGCGCUGCUUUGCGUCGAUGGCGUUGCUCUCGCACCGCAUCGCCAAGUUGAUGUCAAGGCCCUGGACGUCGAUUUCUACGGAUUUUCCUGGUACAAGGUCUACGGGCCUCACAUUGCUCAGCUCUAUGCAUCCUCACGCAUCUCGGAUCAGAUUGAGUCGCUCGCGCAUUUUUUCAAGUCGGGUGAAUCGCUGGACCUGAAGCUCAAUCUGGCCUCGGUCAACUAUGAAUUGGCGCAAAGUAUUCCCGAGGUCGUGGCGUUCUUUGGAGAUGACCCUCGUGCCACAUGGGCAGCCAUGGUUGCUCACGAGGAACGUCUCCAAGAGAUCUUGCUGCGAUUUUUAACUUCGGAUGACCGAAUCACGAUCAUUGGUGAGACAUCGGCGAACCAGGAAGCUCGAGUCCCCGUGAUUAGUUGGGUGGUGCGCGGCAUCAAGAGUCAGCGCUUGGUGGAGGCAGUUGAGGCUCGGUCAGCGUAUGGCUUUCGAAGUGGCCAUAUGUACAGUCAUCGGCUGUUGAAGGAUGUCUGUGGGUUUGACGACGUGGAUGAUGGCGUGGUACGAGUGAGCUUGCUGCAUUACAAUACCGAGACGGAGGUGGUGGGGCUGGUGAGCGUUUUGAAGGAGGCUCUGGCGGAACUUUCGUAA